AUGCCAUGUUCUAAAGAAGAAGCUCUUAUUAGACUCUUCUACAAUUCAUCAUCCUCUUUCAAACUUCUCUUCCUUUUCAUCUUCUCUUCUUCCACUUUACUUCUCAAAAUCCUAAACUUCAUUGGUAGCUACACUCUAUUCCAAAGUGAUCAACAAUAUGAAUAUGUUUCAUCUGAGUAUGAUUACGAAGAAGAAGAACAAGAACAAGAAGAAGAACAAGAAGAAGUUCGAGAAAGUUAUUUUUAUGAAGAUUCUAUUGAGAAAGAUCAUUUAGUAGCUGAUAUAAUUUGUGGUGGAGAAGCUCUUAUGUUUUUGCAUAGUAAUAACAAAUCUCAAAGGAAUCACAAUUUUUCUAUUGAAGAAGAAGAAGAGUUUAUAACACCACAAGAAAGCUUGGUUGAAGAGUUUUCAGAAGAAGAAAAAACAUCAGAAAGUUUGUAUGUUCUUCACAAGUCACCAAUUGUUUCAGAUUUUGAGACAGAAAUUAAUGAAACAGAAUUUCAAGAAGAAGAUGCUGAUUCUGUUCCUGAUUCUGUUCCAGAUUCUGUUCAAGAUUCUGUUCAUGAUUCUGUUCCAAUUGAAAACAGGACCACUUCUCACAUCACAAUGAAUCUAUACAAAAGUGAUGACUUAGUAGAAAGUAACAAAAACUAUGAUGAAGAACAUGUUAUCAAAAACAAGAAAGUGGAUGAAUCAAAUGUUGAAAGAGAUGAGAGAUUUUGUGUGAUUGGUGCAACACAUUUGGAGAGGAAUAAGAAGUUGAUAUUUGAAGAAAAAGAUGAUGAAGAGAUAUAUGGUGAUUCAUGCACUGUUGGUUCAACAUCAAAAAGCUCUUCUGAUUGGAGAAGCUCAAUUAUUUGUAGAGAUUCUGGAACUGAUGACCCUUUUUCUUCUUCUUCAAGAGGAAGUUGUCCUAAGUGGGAAUCUUACACUGUUUUUCAAAAAUAUGAUGAAGAAAUGUCUUUCCUAGAAAGAAUUAGUGCACAAAAACUUCAUGAAACAGAGUCUUUAAGAUCUAUCAAAGUAGCUCCGAGAUCAAUUUCAGAGAGAAUUGUGUACAAGUUUUCAAGUAUAAACAAAAAACCAGAAGAUACAAGUAAUCACAACCCAUAUUGUGAAUUGGAAAGUGCUUAUGUUGCACAAAUUUGCUUAACAUGGGAAGCACUUAAUUGGAACUACAAGAAUUUUCAAUCAAAAAGAGCUUCAAAUGUUGAUGUUGGCUGUCCAGCAACAAUUGCACAACAAUUUCAACAGUUUCAAGUUUUGUUGCAAAGAUAUGUUGAGAAUGAACCUUAUGAGUAUGGUAGAAGACCUGAGAUUUAUGCUAGAAUGAGACAUUUGGCUCCAAAGUUGCUCCUAGUCCCUGAAUAUAGAGAUUCAGAUGAUGAUCAGAAGGAGAAGGUUGGGUUUAACUCAAAAAUUUCAUCAGAUUCAUUUCUAGUGAUAAUGGAAGAUGGAAUCAAAACAUUCAUGAAUUUCUUAAAGGCUGAUAAAGAGAGAACAUGUCAGAUCCUUGCAUCUUACUUUCGAAGAAAUCGAAGAACCUUGAUUGAUCCAACAUUAAUUCGUCUUAUGAAGAAAGUUAAUCAAAAGAAGAAGAUGAAAGUUAAGGAUCUUAAACGAUCUCACAAAUGCUUGAGGAAAAGAAAUUUAAAGGAGGAAGAAGAGAUGGAGAUUUUGAUGUCAUUAAUAGACUUAAAAGUGGUGUCAAGGGUUUUAAGAAUGAGUGAGAUGAAUGAAAAUCAAUUACAUUGGUGUGAAGAGAAAAUUAGCAAAGUAAAAGUCAUUGAUGGGAAGCUACAGAGAGAUUCCACUCCACUUUUCUUUCCAUCACAUUGA